AUGGAGAAUAUUGAAGGUCUCUAUGGGGAUUUAAUUAGUGAUAAGUCGUGGAUGACAAAAAAUAGAAUGUUAACCGAGUAUAGUAUAGGGGUUGAGAUGUUCAUUGAAAAUGGAUUACGACAUUCAAAAAGAUCAAAUGUCAUUUGUUGCCCAUGUUUAAAGUGUGUAAAUGCAAAGUCUCAACAUGUGAAUGUAGUAAGAGAUCACUUAUUUGUUUAUGGUAUUGAUCAAAGCUAUAAGACAUGGAUUUGGCAUGGUGAAUCAAUAUCGAUUAAGAGAAACAUCGAAAGUAUGUCUACUAGUGCACAAGAACAAGUUGAGGAUGACGAUUUUGAUGACACAAUAGGGAUGUUUGAGGCUGCAUAUGAUUACUUUGACAAUAGUCCAGAAAAUUUCGAGGAGCUACUAGGUGAUGCGAAGAAACCAUUAUAUCCAAAUUGUAAGAACUUUACCAAAAUAUUUGCAUUAUUGAAGUUAUAUAAUUUGAAAGCGAAAUUUGGAUGGAGCGAUAGAAGUUUUACAGAGUUGUUGGCAUUAGUUCGUGAUAUGUUACCAAGUCCUAAUGAAAUUCCAAAUUCUAUGUAUCAAGCAAAAAAAACUUUAUGUACUCUUGGGAUGAAGUAUGAGAAGAUUCAUGCUUGCCGCAAGGAUUGUUGCUUGUUUAGAAAAGAACUCUCAGAUGCAGAUGAAUGCCYCAUUUGYGGAACAUCAAGAUGGAAGYUUCGUAAAGAUUCAAAGGAAGCAAUGAAAAAUGUUCCGGCCAAAGUCAUGUGGUACUUCUCUCMAAUUCCAAGAUUUCAACGAAUGUUUCGAAGCAAAGAAAUAUCAAGUUUGUUGACUUGGCAUGCCAAAAAAAGAGUAAGUGAUGGAUAUAUACGACAUCCAGCAGACUCAAUUUCGUGGAAAGAAGUAGACAAAUUGUSGCCAGAGUUUGGUCUAGAGCCUAGAAACCUUCRUCUUGCUCUUUCAACAGAUGKGGUCAAUCCACAUGGUGAACAAAAUAGUAAAUAUAGUURUUGGYCAGUUAUGUUGGUGACRUACAAUCUACCCCYRUGGUUGUGCAUGAAGCGAAAAUUUCUGAUGUUGACUGCAUUAAUAUCUGGUCCCAAACAACCAGGAAAUGACAUAGAUGUUUAUUUAGCUCCAUUAGUUGAUGAUUUGAAGAAGCUUUGGAAUGAUGGAGUUGAAUGUUUUGAUGCAUAUGAAGAACGGUGUUUUACACUUAAAACUAUUUUACUGUGGACUAUUAAUGAUUUUCCUGCGUAUGGGAAUUUGUGUGGUUGUGCGGUAAAAGGAUAUCACGCAUGUCCAAUUUGUGGGGAGAAAACUUCAUCCAUUUAUUUGCCAAAAGGGAGGAAGGUGGCGUAUCUCGGGCAUCGUAAGUUUUUACCUCGUAAUCAUCCAUAUAGGAAGCAGAAGAAAGCAUUUAAUGGUAAACCAGAAUUGAGAUUCGCUCCUGAACCAUUAAGUGGAGUAGAAAUUCUUGCAAAAACAAGUGGACUCCAAUAUUCAUUUGGUACGAAAGGAAAAAAAUGA